AUGGCCUUGAUGGAACUCUUGCAGGCCAGUAACCUCGUCACACAAUGCAUCCUCAUUGAUGGUCACAUUGGGGCAUUUUUCCUGCAGUGUGACUGCUGCCUUCUGGAUCUCUUCAUGCAGAGGGUGCAGGUGGAGUUCUAUGUGAAUGAAAACACCUUCAAGGAGAGGCUCAAGCUGUUCUUCAUCAAAAACCAAAGGUCAAGCCUGAGGAUCCGUCUGUUUAACUUCUCCUUGAAGCUGUUGACGUGUGCCCUUUACGUCAUCAGAGUGGCUCUGGACGACCCUGAACAGGUCACUGGAGUAUGUGUCAACUGUCAGAAUAGAACAAGCACAGCCACAGCAGAAUCCACAGAAAUCACAGAAAUCAACUGGGAGUUGAUUUUCUGGGUGAACAGAAGGGUUCCUGUCUGGGCAAUACAGGUGACCGUGGCCUUAAUCAGUUUCCUGGAGGCGAUGCUCCUCACGUAUCUCAGCUACAAGGGGAACAUCUGGGAGCAGAUGUUCCAGAUCUCCUUCAUCCUGGAGAUGAUUAAUACCGUGCCAUUUAUAAUUACUAUCUUCUGGCCUCCGUUGAGAAACAUCUUCAUCCCAGUGUUUCUCAACUGCUGGUUAGCCAAGUGUGCCCUGGAGAAUAUGAUUAACGAUCUCCAUCGUGCCAUCCAGAGGACCCACUCUGCCAUGUUCAACCAGGUCCUCAUACUUAUCUGCACCCUUCUCUGUCUGGUCUUCACUGGGGCAUGUGGUAUCCAGCAUCUAGAGAGGGCCGGAAAGAACCUGACUCUGUUCAACUCUCUGUAUUUCUGCAUCGUCACCUUCUCUACGGUGGGCUAUGGUGACGUCACACCUCAUAUCUGGCCUUCUCAGCUGCUGGUGGUCAUCCUCAUUUGUGUGGCCCUUGUGGUGCUCCCGCUACAGUUUGAGGAGUUGGCCUAUCUGUGGAUGGAGCGUCAGAAGUCAGGAGGGAACUACAGCAGACACCGGGCCCAGACAGAGAAACAUGCGGUCCUGUGCGUCAGCUCUCUGAAGAUAGACUUGCUCAUGGACUUCCUCAACGAGUUCUACGCUCAUCCUAGAUUACAGGACUACUAUGUGGUGAUCCUGUGUCCUACAGAGAUGGACAUCCAGGUGCGUCGUAUCCUCCAGAUCCCCCUGUGGUCCCAGAGGGUCAUCUAUCUCCAGGGCUCAGCACUCAAAGACACAGACCUCAUGAGGGCCAAGAUGGAUGAUGCAGAAGCCUGUUUUAUCCUGAGCAGUAGGAACGAGGUGGACCGCACUGCUGCUGAUCACCAGACCAUACUGAGAGCCUGGGCUGUGAAGGACUUUGCCCCAAACUGCCCCCUGUACGUCCAGAUCCUCAAACCAGAGAACAAAUUCCAUGUAAAGUUUGCUGAUCAUGUGGUCUGUGAGGAGGAAUUCAAGUAUGCCAUGCUGGCUCUGAACUGUGUAUGUCCAGCCACAUCCACACUGGUCACACUCCUGGUGCACACCUCCAGAGGACAGGAGGGCCAGCUGUCGCCAGAGCAGUGGCAGAGGACGUAUGGACGUUGCUCUGGGAACGAGGUCUACCACAUCCGCCUGUGCGACAGCAAGUUCUUCGGGGAGUACGACGGGAAGAGUUUCACCUACGCCUCCUUCCACGCACACAAAAAGUAUGGUGUGUGUCUGAUCGGGGUGAAGAGGGAAGACAACAAGAGCAUCCUGCUGAACCCAGGUCCUCGCCACAUCAUGUCCGCCACAGACACCUGCUACUACAUCAACAUCACCAAGGAGGAGAACUCCUCGUUCAUCUUCAAACAGGAGGAGAAAGACAAGAAGGGCCUGCCGGUGACCGGGCUGUAUGACGCCCCCUCCAGGCUGCCUGUACACAGCAUCAUCGCCAGCAUGGGGACGGUCGCCAUGGACCUCCAGAACCCGGCGGACCCCCCAGAGGACUGCAGCAAACUGACCCUGCCUACAGAGAACGGGGCUGGGAGCAGACGACCCAGCAUUGCCCCCGUCCUGGAGAUAGCUGACUCCUCCUCCAUUUUGCCCUGCGACCUGCUCAGCGACCAAUCAGAGGACGAGACCAACCACUCAGACGAGGAGGGCUCGUCGGUGUCAGACUUUGUGAAAGGAUACCCUCCCAACUCCCCAUACAUUGGCAGCUCUCCAACCCUGUGCCAUCUCCUACCUCAGAAAGCCUCAUUCUGCUGCCUUCGGCUGGACAAGGGUUGCAGACACAACAGUUUUGAGGAUGCCAAGGCCUAUGGUUUUAAGAACAAGCUGAUCAUAGUAUCCGCGGAGACGGCAGGGAACGGCCUUUAUAACUUCAUCGUCCCUCUACGUGCUUACUACCGCCCCAGAAAAGAGCUCAACCCUAUUGUAUUGCUACUAGACUACCCGCCUGACAACCACUUCCUAGAAGCCAUCUGCUGUUUCCCAAUGGUCUACUUCAUGGGCGGAACCAUAGAUAACCUGGACAAUCUGCUACAGUGUGGCAUCAUCUAUGCUGAUAACCUGGUGGUGGUGGACAAGGAGAGCACCAUGAGUGCUGAGGAGGACUAUAUGGCAGACGCCAAGACUAUCGUCAACGUACAGACAAUGUUCAGGCUGUUCCCCAGUCUCAGUAUCAUCACCGAGCUGACCCACCCCUCCAACAUGAGGUUUAUGCAGUUCAGGGCUAAGGAUUGCUACUCCCUGGCUCUCUCCAAGCUAGAGAAGAUAGAGCGCGAUAAGGGUUCCAACUUGGCCUUCAUGUUCCGCCUGCCGUUCGCUGCAGGCAGAGUGUUCAGUAUCAGUAUGCUGGAUACGCUGCUCUACCAGUCAUUUGUAAAGGACUAUAUGAUACCCAUAGCAAGACUUUUACUAGGCCUGGAUACCACACCAGGAUCUGGUUACCUAUGUGCAAUGAAGGUGACAGAGGAGGACCUGUGGAUCAGGACGUAUGGCAGGUUAUUUCAAAAACUGUGUUCUUCCAGUGCAGAGAUUCCAAUAGGCAUCUACCGUACAGAGUCACACAUGUUUUCCUCCUCAGAGUCUCAAGUAUCCAUCAACGUAGAGAACACUGGUGGUGACGACCAGAGAAGCAAUCGUCGCGAGUCGUGGAAGGAGAAAACAGCUCAGCGGAACUCCACCACCAGCGACCAAUCAGAGCAUCCGUUGCUGAGGAAGAAGAGCCUCCAGUGGGCGCGGCGUCUGAGCCGUAAGAACACCAAGCCACCGAGUCGCACCGAGCGGAUCUCCCAGCAGCGCCUCAACCUGUACCGGCGCUCCGAGAGACAGGAGCUGUCUGAGCUGGUCAAGAACCGCAUGAAGCACCUAGGCUUGCCCACUGUCGGAUACGAGGAUGUUGCUAAUCUUACUGCGAGUGAUGUCAUGAACCGAGUAAAUCUAGGAUAUUUACAAGAUGAGAUGAACGACCACCAGAACAGUCUGUCCUACGUUCUCAUCAACCCCCCUCCAGACACCAUGCUGGAGCUCAAUGACAUUGUCUACAUCAUCCGGUCCGACCCGCUGGCAGGGCCUGACGUGCCCGAGGAUGCGGCUCAGGGGCAGAGCAGCGGCGGCGGCCAGACGAGGCAGGACUUUGGCACAGAGACCAGGGAUGAGACCCACCUCUGAAAUCCCCUCGCCUCACCACCCCCGGACCUCUUGCCCCCUUGUCUCUCCACCCACGGACCUCUCGCCCCCUUGUCUCUCCACCCCCGGACCUCUCGCCCACUUGUCUCACCACCCCCGGACCUCUUGCCCCCUUGUCCUCCAACCCGGACCUCUUGCCCCCUUGUCUCUCCACCCCUGGACCUCUUGCCCCCUUGUCUCUCCACCCCUGGACCUCUUGCCCCCUUGUCUUUCCACCCACGGACCUCUUGCCCCCUUGUCUCACCGCCUUUGCAUGAUACAUUCUAUUUGUGCCAUACAAGGGGAAGAUCCCCACUGCCCUUGCCCACCCUUACCUUCCAAUCCCCCUUCACCCUAUGUCAGACUUACAGAGAGACACGUGUCACUGAGCUGCUAUGGGAGGAUGCAUGAAGAGUGCCUCGUCAUUACCUAACCUCUUAGAGAGCAUCAGACACACAGACUCAGACAUUGCCCUCUUUGCAAAAGAUAAAACAUGAACAAUGCACCAGACGAUGGAAACAUACUGGUAACCAACCAAAGGAGAGGAGAGACAGAUUAUGUCGGAGGUCAUGUGAUGCUCUGAAUAUUUAGAGGUUUGUUUGAUUUAGUUCGUCGGCAUACUAGGUGGGUGGAGCUUGCUUACGCUUUAGCACCAAUAGAAAGGUGUCAAAAGGGCAAACUCUGCUCAAAUGGCGCGCCUGCGAGCUACACCAAGCACACUUGGCAUGUGUGUGUGUAGACUGUGUGAAUAUCAGUUGCAAAAUCAAGUCAUGUACAGAAAUUGUUAUUCCUUAACAAGAAUUCCUGGCAGUAUUCUUACACAUCAAUCAUGAAAGUACAUGAUAACUUAUUAUUUUCCCUAUGAGCACAACCCACUGGGCCCAGACGUCAAUUCAACAUCUAUUCCACGUUGGUUCAAUGUAAUUUAAUUGAAAUUAUGUUUUAAAAAAAGUGAAGACUUUUAUAAGCAAUUUUUUUAAACACUAUCUUUUACUGCUCAUUCUGCAUAACUUUUUUUUUUCAAAUAUCAUGCUAUUUGUUAUUAAAAAGUAUAGAAUUAAUGGAUGGAGGAACCUUAAUAGAUUACGCCACGCACCUACGUCAUUCUAUUUGUGCCAUACAGUUUCUGGUUCUUUAUGUAUCAGUCAAUGUUCUACGAAAGCCAAUGCUCAAUCAUUCCUCAUUUCUGACAGGAUUUGAUUAAUUACAGUAGAACAAUCUUUCGGAGCUGUUUACAGUGGCAACCCUAUGUUAUGAACACGUAUGAGUACUUAUAUUGCACAAUAAGAGACAAGCAUAGUUAAAGUGAUAGGUCACUCCAAAAUGAUAUCAAAAGUAAUCUGAUGUUGAGUUGGAGUGAACUAUUACUUGAAGUCUGUUAAUAUGGCCAGUACCUGGGCUUGGAGUGCAGUGUUGCAAGCUGCCUUCCAAUAUGUCAUUUCACUUGUACAGUAAAUGUAGUAUUGGGUGUGCUUUAUAUAUUUUAAUAAUUAUUUAAGAUAUUUAUCUGUUGUAUUUCUGAUACUGUUUGCUUGGACUAAUAUGUGUGGUGAUAUCAUUGUAAACAUUUUUUUAUCCUCAUUGUUUGGUUCAACGUUCUUUUGGUCAUUAUUAGUCAAAUGAAAACAAAUGGGACUUGAAAUAUUUUUGCACUAAGCUCUGUGGUCGUUAAUAGAGCAUUAUAGCAUGACCCUUUAACCCGAAACUUUAACUAUACAAUAAAAUACUUUAGUAUUUGCACAGUAUGAAUCAGCCUCCAUACAGUCAGUGUUAUAUAUAGUAUAUCAACUUUUAAAGGGCUGUAUUCAACAUGGCGGUUGUUUUUCGGUGUUAGCGCUAUCAAAUCCACAAGCAGCUCCUGGCAUACCUAAAGAGGACAUUGGCUAUUCCCAAUUUAGCGGAGACGGCAUUCACCGGUAAACACUGCAUAUUACCUUCACAUUUCUAUCGCGGAGUCUAACGCUUCAGCUGUAAAGAUUGAAGAGAGCCCUAGGCCUUUGUUAAGUACAUUUGCAAAGUUUUAAAUGAUCAUUGUCAUUUGUAAACAGAAUAUAUUUUGAUAUGUGCCAUUUCUGCUUGUUUGUUAUAAAAUGUACUAGGGAAGUAGUUCUGAACAUGCAUUGCCAGAAUGAGAUUAAGUUGAUGGAAAGGUUAGAUAAGGAAAAAAGUGGGUCAUGUCAGGCUUUUACAUUAUUUAGCAGUUUGAAUAUCUCUUGAGUAGUCCUUGAUGUGUUUUGGGAUGUAAAUGUAACGCAAUGUGUCCCCAUUCCCAUUGAAGUACUGUAUGUAUGUGUAGAUCAAAUAUGUUCCAUACUAGCCAGGCCCCCAGAAGGGCAGUUUACAGAUCAUCACCUCGUGUCCCCCCCCCCCCCCCCAUCGUCGUUGUAUGUGAACGGAACCCCAAGGGAAUUCUCUUAUCGGAGUUGUUCAGUAAAAAAAUAUGUUUUUGAAGUUCAUACUGUAAUAUAGAAAGGGGCAUGAAAACACAAAGCAUGUUUUGAGAGAAAGUUUGCCAAACCAGAUACGUUUUCCUAGUUAGGUGACCUGUGUGAAGUAUCACAACUAGAAAAUUAAUCAUAUCUCCCGCUUGUUAUUUGUCUGCAUAUCAUUAUAUGGGACCAUGCAUGUCCUCCAGACAAAAUCUUCUGUUUACCUUUAUCAUAUUCUUAGUUAAUUGUCAAAAAGGUUUUAUCCAUUUUGUACUUUUUCUUAUUCCGAAGUACGUGUACUUCUCUAUCGUGAUGUAAAAUAUGAACAAUAAAUGCUGCAUGCAGCCAGAAACAUUGGAAU